UUUGAUGCAACAUGCAAUGCGACAUUUGUAUGCUUGUCGAUCGGUGUUCGCAAGGCUCCGACCUCCCGCCAAUGCAAAUAAUACAAAAACAUCUACGGGCCUGUCCAACGCAUAAUUUACAAUGCACUUAAUGCUCGAAUAUUUUUUUAGAGGAUUGAAACGCUCCAUUCUCAUUUCAACUUCUAAACAAUGCCCUCGUUUUUUUGCUGUCUCCGUUCGUUCACCGAUUUCGCGACGUAUUGGUAAUCGUCACAUCUACACCGCGGUCGCGGCACAACAGCGGCACAACAAGGAAUUCGACACGAUAAGGAUACAUAUGAUCAGAAUAAGUUCUCGAAAAAAGUAAUUUUCUAUUUCGUGAGUACUUAUCUGGAGGAAAUCAUCGUCCAAAAACUUUACAAAGAUAUGUCAACUUUCUUGAUGCUGUUCGUUCAUUACGACAGAACGAUUGUUUCCACAUGAGAACCAAAGCUACAUGAUCUGUACCACUGUGUAAGAGACCUCUAACCGCGUCUUACACCGUGAUCAGAACAGUGCGGUAUUUUGAGUUUUGGAGAGGUUAUGUAAUUUGAACUUUACUCUACCAGCAAAUACUAUUAAUGAUGACUGUCAAGUACUAUUGCAGAUGUUGAAACACUUAUUGUGCAUUGUGUUCUGAUGUAAUAACUUUCAAAACAAGUGAUAUAAAGUUUAGUAAAAAAUGGGGAUAAACAGUAUUUGACAGUUGUGAAUUGAGUCAUAUGUGUUUCAUGUUCUGAUAUGAAAGAUAACCGUUCGAUGUUUUCGAAAAUGAAUUUUUUGCAGCCUUCGUCAAGGCGUGUAGCUGUUUUACAGCGAAUUUUUAGCAAGACAUAUCUUGUUACCCCCAAUGAAAUAUCCAGGUCAUUUGGUGUUUUUGGCACUAAGUAUGCAGGAGAAAAACUUGUGAAAAUUGGGGACAUAUCCAAAGUUGUUAAACCUGCCAAGAAUCCACAGUAUGUUCCGCUGAAGUAUGUUGAAGGAGAAUCCUCUCAAGAAAUAUUGAGACACCUGAGAUGGAUGCUACAGAAAGAUCUCCUAGGACAAGACAUGUUUCUUAUUGGACGUCCUGGACCUCUAAGACGAUUGCUAGCAAUGCAGUAUUUGGAAAUAACAGAUAGAGAAUUAGAGUAUGUUUCACUAUCACGGGAUACAACUGAAGCUGAUCUAAAACAGCGAAGAGAAAUAAAGAAUGGCACUGCUGUGUAUUUUGAUCAGAGUGCUGUCCGUGCUGCAGUAGAAGGACGAAUUCUGAUUUUGGAAGGCAUUGAGAAAGCAGAAAGAAAUGUAUUACCUGUUUUGAAUAAUUUGCUUGAAAACCGUGAAAUGCAUUUAGAAGAUGGCCGAUUUUUGAUGCCUGCAAAGAGAUAUGAUCAGCUUCUUAAGGAACACAGUCAAGAAGAAUUGGAUUGCUGGAAACUUGUGCGAGUGAGUGAGAAUUUUCGAGUGAUUGCCUUGGGCAUUCCAGUUCCUCGAUAUGUAGGAAACCCCUUGGAUCCACCCCUUCGAUCUCGGUUCCAGGCGAGGGACAUCAGUGGUCUCACAUAUAAGGAGCAGCUGGAAGCGCUGCGUGCGCUGGUGCCCGGGCUGGAGGGCGCGCGCCUGUCGCAGCUUCUGUCAUGCGCGCACGCGCUGCUCACCGCGGACGCCGCAGCCCUGGGCCUCGCGGACUUCCCCGCCGACGGCCUCCCCGCCGCCGCGCGCAUCCUGGAAAACACUCCAAGUUUGCCAGACUAUGAUGCACUAUAUAGAUUGUACCCUUACAAGAGUUUCUUGAGUGCUGAGGGGCAAGCAGCAGUGGAGAAUGUUUUAAGUACCUUUCAGGUUCUGCCAAGACACUCAAAAAGUGUCUCUAUGAACAUAAACAAUGUUAUUCCUAAGAAUGGUACAGCUGAAGUUGAAAUAACUGUUGAACGUAAAUCCAGUGUUCUUCAGGUUCCAUGUGGGUCACUAAGAGAAAAUGUUGUAACAAAUGACUUUGUGCCAAAUGUUUAUCAAGAAAAACUUUUGGCUGAUUUAAUGCUCUCGCAUCAGUUCAAAGACAUUUGUGUUAUUGGCCCACGAGGUUGUGGCAAAAGUGCUACGGUUUCAGAAUUUGCCAAACGCUUGAACUAUGUGGUCGAGCCUAUUGUCCUGUAUCAGGAUAUGACUUCCCGUGAUCUCCUUCAACAAAGAUCUACUCUUUUGAAUGGAGAUACCAUAUGGCAAAAUUCUCCCUUGGUAACUGCAGCAUUGGAAGGAAAAUUGGCUGUUCUUGAUGGCAUUCAUAGGAUUCAUCCUAGUACUUUGGCUGUUGUUCACAGGUUAGUUCAUGACCGAGAAUUGACUUUACAUGAUGGAAGUCGUUUGUUGCGUCAUGAUCGUUAUGACGAUAUCAAAUCUUCACAAAAUUUAACAGAUAAUCAGCUUGAAGAAUAUGGCAUAUUUAAAAUCCAUCCAUCUUUUAGAAUUAUUGCUCUAGCAGAACCUCCAGUCCAAGGUAGUUCUCUCACACAAUGGCUCUCUCCAGAAAUGUUGAGUCUAUUCCUAUAUCAUGAAAUGAGGCCCCUUAAACCAGAUGAGGAAAUGCACCUGGUCAAAAAUUUGUUGGGUAGUGCAAACAAAGCAUUUGAACAUGUGAUGAGAGUGGCACAUCGUAUGAGAGAGUCAGACGAUCCAGCUGUCAGGGCUUUGUCAAGCUCUCUUUCCACAAGGCAACUCCUCCGUAUAGCAAAAAGAAUGAGGGCGUACCCCGGAGAUAGUCCUGCAAAUGCAAUAUACCGAGCCUGUCUUGCAAGAUUCUUGCCAGCACUACCUCGUCAAGCAUUAGAUAAAAUUCUGCUUGAUGAAGAUCUUCCAUUAAUAAAUGCAGAGACUUCUUCGCCAACAUGCAAGGUGGAAGGAGAGAAAGUUACCAUUGGGAACACCACUGUUCCACGGUACAAAACAGAUGCCAAGACUAAAAUACCUGACAUACAGUUUUAUGAUGUACCACAGCAUAUUACAGCUUUAGAGUGGCUUUUACAAGAUUUCUUUCUUGGAGAACAUCUUUUGCUUAUUGGAAACCAGGGUGUUGGCAAAAAUAAAUUAGCUGAUCGAUUGCUUCAGUUACUUAAUCGUCCACGAGAAUACAUUCAGUUGCACAGAGAUACCACAGUGCAGACGCUUACACUCCAACCAACUGUUCGUGAUGGUGUAGUAGUAUAUGAAGAUUCUCCACUUGUCCAGGCAGUGAAGUUAGGUCAUGUGUUGAUUGUAGAUGAGGCUGACAAAGCCCCUACACAUGUGACUUGUAUUUUAAAGACACUUGUGGAAUCAGGAGAAAUGAUUCUUUCUGAUGGACGACGCAUUGUUCCUUUAAAUCAUCCCCAAACACCUACAAACAAAGGAAUUAUUCCUAUUCAUCCAGACUUCAGGAUGAUUGUACUUGCCAACAGGCCAGGCUUCCCUUUUCUUGGAAAUGACUUUUUUGGUGCUUUAGGGGACCUAUUUAGCUGCCAUGCAGUUGAUAACCCAAGUGCACAGUCAGAACAUGCAUUAUUAAAGCAAUAUGGACCAGAUGUACCAGAUGAAAUUAUUGCCCGUUUAGUCAGAGCAUUUGGAGAACUAAGAAAUAUGGCAGAUCAGGGUUUGGUUCAAUAUCCCUAUUCUACCCGAGAAGUUGUGAAUAUUGUCAAGCAUUUACAGGAAUUUCCUAAUGAGAGUCUCGUAAAUGUUGUUGGUAACGUUUUUGACUUUGACACUUAUAGUCAAGAAGUGCAGGACACAUUGACAGAAGUACUACAGAAGAAUGGCAUUCCUCUGCAUGUACACACAAAUAAGAUCAACUUGGCCAAAGAGUAAGAAGUUGAUUUUUUCAUUGUGCCUUUGUCUUCCAAGCUCUGCUUUGUAGGCUGAGCUAUGUUAAAAUUUUCAGUACAUUUGAGAAAAAGAAAUGUACAGAAUUAUUCAGAUAUUAAGCAGCCUGUAAAAUAUUUGUAUUGUUUUAAAGAGAAAACAAUAAAUCUUUUAUUUAAGAAAAAUUUGGUUUUAAAAAUUCAUCCUGGGAUAUCAACAUUUAAAAAAGUUUUAUUUUUAAAAUAAAUUAUACCUUAAAACAAUCAUGUUAAUAUUUGUGGUAGGUUUCCUCUGCCACCCUUACAGCAGGCAGGUGAAUGGAAAGUUACACAUCCAAGCCCUCCCACCAUUUUGCCGGUGGAGGAACGCUUUUUGAGAACCAAAACACCUAUCACUCUUCGAAAGUACCAACAUCCUUUAGACCUGACUGAAGCCCGAGGCUCAGUAUUUAGUGAAAUGCAAUCCUAUUGGGUUGUACCAGUUGGUGAAACAGGCAUUGUUGCAGGAUUAGCAGUUUCAAAAAGUUUUGAAAAUGAUCCAUUGAAAGAUUGGAUACAUGUGAUGGCUACCAAUCCCAUGAAAUUAUUUUCCAUGCAAUCUUCUGGAAAAGACAUCCAUGAACUUUCCCUGCAAGGUUUGCUUCAUCCUGUGCGAGGAAGUAGACCUCGUUUUAAAAUGUGUCCCAUUAAAACUGAUGACAGUUCUAUUCUGCUAAUCCAUGAAGAAUCUGUUAAUUUGAAAACUUUGAAUCUUCCUUCCAUUGAUAGGUGGCUUGUAGAAGACACUGAAAGUCGGUAAUGCACAUCUUUCAUUAAUUUUUUUAAAGCAAUUUUAUUAGCUAUAAUGUACGAGCCCAUGUUACUUGAAAUGUACUUCCAUCAAUGUUCAUAAUUCUCUUUAUGUUGUGUUGAUGAUUACCAACACUCUAAUUCUUUUAAUAGGAAAUAUUUAUUGGCAAAAGCAGAUCCAUCAGAGCCAAUUCCUAGAGUUCUUCAACCUAUUGAAGAGAGAACGGAUACCACUUUAUUAAAAUCUAUAUUUGGAUGUGGAAACACUCAGCUUCCAUCUCCUGUAUUAAGCCAAGCAGUAAAUCAAAAGAUUGAAGCCCCAAACCGAAUAUUCAGUUCACGAUUGAGCAGUGCUGUAAUUGCUGUUGGAUUUCCAGACUUAGAACUCAGUGGCAAUCAACUCUAUUUGUGGCCCCGAGUGAAGGAUAUGGGUUCAACAGAUAGUAUGGAAAAGACAAUAGUUUUGCCUGAUAGUGGAACUAUAAUACGGCCAAUUAAUACAACAAGUUUACCUGAAAAGAUAUUAGAAGAGGAUCGGGAAAUACAUCACACCGUGGCUGGAUAUUUAGAAAUCACUGACAUAAUUAAUCGUAAAUUACGUUACAUUGCAGUCCCACAGCCUCUGAAUGUUUCUCCUGUGACUGCGUGGAUGUACUCAAACAAUCAGUUGCCAGUGUUUGUGACUGGCACAAGUAGGGAUGGUCUUGCUACUGUUGAUGCAGGAGGAUGUGUUCGCCUGUGGGAAGUGGAAAUUGGGAACCUGACAAAAUCUUUGCAAGAAUGGAGACGAAUGGUUGCAUCUGAUAGAGAUCACCUCCAGCUGACUAUAGAUAAACCAAGUGGAAAAGAUGUUAGUGCCCCAAAACAUGGGAAAGUUGAUGAAAAGGGGGAUCCACAUGUUGGUGGUAACACUUGGGCUGGAGGAACUGGUGGAAGAGAUACUGCAGGUCUAGGUGGAAAAGGAGGACCUUACCGUCUAGAUGCUGGACAUGAUGUACAUCAGGUGAGCCAAGCAGAAAAGGAUGCUGUUCCUGAACAUGUGAAGAAAGCUGCCCAUGAAAUGGCUCAAAAGGCAUUCAAGCAGCGUUUAAGAGAAAUUCAAAUGAGUGAAUAUGAUGCUAGUGUUUAUCAGCAGUAUUUAGGUUCAGUUGCUGCACAGGUGCAAGCACUUCGUGUGAUUUUGGGCAGCCUGCAAGCAAAAUCAAAAGAGCGUCAGUGGCAGCGACAUCAAACAACAGGAGAACUUGAUGAUGCUAAACUUAUUGAAGGAUUGACUGGAGAGAAAACUAUUUAUAGAAGACGUUUUGAGAAGGAACCUGAAUUAGGAACACCGCAGACUAAACCUAAGCGUUUAAAAUUUAUUGUUGACGUUUCAGGUAGUAUGUACAGAUUCAAUGGCUAUGAUGGGCGUUUGGAUCGUGAAAUGGAAGCUGUCAUUAUGGUAAUGGAAGCAUUUCAAGGGUUUGAAGCUCAAAUUCAGUAUGAUAUCAUGGGACAUUCUGGUGAAGAUUAUAAUUUACAAUUUGUUGACCAUAGAAAACCUCCUGCGGAUAAUAAACAACGAUUGGAUAUUAUCAAGAUAAUGCAUGCCCAUUCUCAAUUUUGUUUAUCUGGAGAUCAUACAUUAGAAGCAACAAAAUUUGGAAUAUCUCAAUUGAGUAAAGAAGAUUGUGAUGAAGCCAUUGUUGUAGUUUUAUCUGAUGCCAACCUUCGUCGUUAUGGUAUUGCUCCUGAGAGCUUUGCAAAAAUACUGACAUCUGAAUCAAACGUUAGCGCUUAUGCUAUUUUCAUUGGUUCUUUAGGAGAUGAAGCUGUAAGGUUGACAAAACAAAUGCCAGCAGGUCGUGCCUUUGUGUGUCUGGAUCUGACAAAACUUCCUCAGAUCCUUCAGCAAAUUUUUUCAGCUUCUGUGCUCAGUACUCGGUGAUGUUGUCUAUAAGCUAGGCUUUUUUUAACUCUACUUGACUUUGGGUUAUAAUAAUUGUGCUUUAAGAAGUGAACAAAAAAGACUUGUAAAAACACCCAAAGUCAUUGUAUUAUUAUUUUGAAGAUUAUUUAUUUUUUGUAAUUUGAGUACACAUUUUGCAGUAUUUGUUAAUAAUAUGUUAUUAAAUAUCUUUGGUGUAUUAUAUUUCAAUGACAGUUGAAUUAAAAAUUGUGAUUUUAUUUAAUUGAAAUAUCAUUUUUACCUUUAUCUUAGAUUUGUGUCGUGUGCCAGAAAAUCAAAAGAUUUCUGUUUCUUUCUUAAAUUAGUGAAUGAAGUGACAGUAUAAAAAAAUGAAAAAAACAACUAAAAUGUCAGAUAUUAUUUUGACGAACUCUUUUCUUUGUUGAAGAUAUUGCUAGAAAUGUUUUAACAUGUGGUAUAAUAGUGAAAGGACAUAUGGCAGUUAUCCAUUUUGGUGGUUUAUAUCUUAAAAUAAAGGAAUUUUAAGUGUUUGGAUGAACGAUGAAAUAAUAAUUUAUGCUGAAAGGGCAGACAGUGUUACAUUAUGAGUGCAAUGUUUCCUGCUGAGGGGAUAAAUGGAGCAGCUGGAAUUUCGAACAAGUUAUGUAACUCUUCUGUGCACGAGUCGUAAUAUGUUUUAUUCCGAACUAGUUUACAUUUCUGUGUUCUCAAUUGAAGAAGAAGAAGAAGAAGAAGAAGAAGUCGGUUAUCCAUAUGAUUGUCAUCAUUUUCGGUGAUAAUACAGAUAUUUCUGAUAUGAUCAAGGUGUAAAAGAAGGCCUUGGAUAAGGUUGUUUAGUAGCAUACAACAGAUCCUUAAUCGAGAUACCUGGGAAUGUGAAAACCUGCAUGCAAAAGUGGGAUUUUGCUUUUUAUCAGAGCACGUAUUUUAAAUAUGUAUAUUUUAGAUAAAAUAAAUUAAGAGGAAUC